AUGAGCUUGGAGAAGUGCCAAAAUAUAACAUCUUUGAAUCUCAAUCUAUCGUUAAAUAAACUUGGUGCAGAUGGAGCUAAGAACAUUGGAAUGAGCUUGGAGAAGUGCCAAAAUAUAACAUCUUUGAAUCUCAAUCUAGGGUAUAAUGAGCUUGGUGCAGAUGGAGCUAAGAACAUUGGAAUGAGCUUGGAGAAGUGCCAAAAUAUAACAUCUUUGAAUCUCAAUCUAUCGAUUAAUGACCUUGGUGCAGAUGAAGCUAAGAACAUUAGAAUGAGCUUGGAGAAAUGCCAAAACAUAACAUCUUUAAAUCUCAUACUAUGUGAAAUUAAAACUUAAAACAAAUGGGUUUGGAUAAUUAAUUGA